CCUGCCCCGAGUAAUUGACUCCUUCAUAUUUUGUAGCAGGAAAUUGCGAAAGAACGUGUGCAUGUAAUAUGGAAUGUGUUCUGGAUUGAUAGGAUCGUGAAGGGUAUCCAGCAGAUUCUUUCACUAUAUUGCCGUACACCUCUCGCGAAGUACAUUCUAGGGCUUUUGACGUGAAAUAGCAUGAAUAAUUAUCAUCAACUUUGGUCAUUUCUUGGUACAACACGUGGCCACUAGCCGAUAACUAGGGAUACUACGUUGCUGCCGCGAGCAUGACGACUUUUGUCGGCUGCGGGUCGUCUCCGGGAUUGAUAGGCGAUCAUGAAGAUGGAGUUAAUGCUACAAUUACUCAGCUAAAGGGCUCUUCUCACAUCGAGGGAUCCAGCCUCAGUUCGUCAGCGCUCUUUCACUAUAUCGCCGUGCACCUAGUCUCGUCCCCAUCAAUUUCGGUGAGAUUUUCUCUUGUGCAGGAAGAUCGUGUGAAAACAGGGUACAAAACGGUGAGUUCCCUGCCAAUCUCUGCUCAGGUGGUCCGCUUUCUCCGUAGAGGGAACUCACCGAAACGAGGCUAGUGCACGUCUCGCGAAGUACAUUCCUGGGUGCCCGACAUGAAACAGGAGAAUAAUUAUCAUCAAGAAUGCUUCCCUGGCACGACGCGCGUCCGCCAGCCGAUGAACAGGGCUGCUAUAAUGUUAAUAAUCCAUUUACCGUACACACCGGGGUAUGGUCUCGCUGAAUAAGAGCUGAAUUCAUGUCAUCUAGGCGGUAACACUGGAAUAAAAGCAUGGAUUCCAGAAAGUACUCAACAUUUCACAACCAUGACGGAUCUCAAUGUGACUACAAUGAUGUCGCUGUCGGGACGAGUAGGCCUCGUUACAGGUGGAGGGACAGGAAUGCAUGUUCUCUAAUUCUCGGUUAUGGCUCACGGUUGACUCUCUGACAGAGGAUUCAUGAUUGCGAAAGCCUUUGCUGCGAACGGG